CUGAUACUCCGUACUGACUAUUAUUAUCCUCCGCAGACAACGGUCGUUUCUGAUCCAACGGGGAUUUAUUUUCUAGUUAAUUCUCAUCCUGCUGGUGUUGGUGUUGCUAUUUAUUAUCUCCAUUUACCGAUUCCUUUGUUCGGACAGCUUUCAAUUCCAGUACGACCUUGGGAUGAAGACACUACCUAUAUUCUUCAUUUACUCUUAGAACGAACUCCUCACAACCACACAAUUAGACCUAGGAGAUCCGGGAAAAGGGAGGGGCCGUGGAAGAAAACAAUAAUAAUGCAAGUCUCAACAGACUCUACUGUCUCCGUCGUCAUGUCUCAAUCAUUUCCUCCUCCAGCCACAGGUACGAAUAAACGGUCCUUUCAGCAAGCUGGUGAAGGGGUCCCAGCUCCAACAGGAAUGGAAAUGAAGAUGGCGCCUGAACCUGAAAAAAAAGGGGGUAAUGUCGACUGUUCCUCUUUCUCGUCUCUACCCCCGACUUCGGCUAAGGGUCCUGCGGAGUCGAUCGAGCGUGAUAAUAACGCUAAUAAUAACGAUGAGAACAAUGGGAAUAAUUACAAUCCCAAUGGCAAUCAGGUUGCCAAAAAGAGGAAGCUUUCACCGGCGAGUAAAGAGGCGAGACAGCAGGAGAAGGAGAUGAGGGAGCGGCAGAGACAGGAGGAGAAGGCAAAGAGGGAGGAAGAAAGAAGAAUCAAGGAGGAGGAGAAGAAGAAGAGAGAUGCAGAAAGGGAAGCGAAAAAGAAGUUGAAAGAUGAAGAGAGGGCUGCGAAGGAGGAAGAAAAGAGGAAGAGGGAGGAGGAGAAGAUGAAGAAGGAGAGGGUAAGUAAUUGCCUUCCCCCAUUCUCGCUUCGCAGUAGGCUUAAGAUGAGACGAAUUGGGCUGAUUCGUUUCAGUCGCAAAUGAGAUUGAACUCUUUCUUUGCUAAACCCACUGCUGCGCAAGCCGAGGGUUCGGGCUCGAGUUCCAAUUUCAUGGCGAUUUCACCGAAGAAGGGCUCUUCGGGCGAUAGGUCAAAUGCGGGCGUUUCUUCUAGCGAUGGUACGAGCGCUGUGUCCGAUUACCAACGAGAGUUUCCAGAUUUCUUUUUACAGUCGCAUACCAAGAUUGCGCCGACUCAUCGAUUUCAACGCGACUCGGAGGCUCUGCGUCAUGUCUGCGAGAAGGUCGAUGCUUAUCUGAAAUCAGGCCAGAGCGAUUCACCGAAGGAGCAGCUCGUGUUCCGCCCUUCUGCACUCUUCCACAUAAUGCCUUACAAACGGCGUUGUGGGAAACAGAUCCCCAUCAAGGAAAUUCUCCUGAAGAUGCAGAAUCAGGAUCAGGGCACCCCCGUCAGUCUUGGCCAAGUCCCAGGUAUUGGGAGCGCAACGAAACUUCAAAACCUUCUCAGAAAGGUCACAAUGAAGUCUCUCAAGUUCGGUGAGGAUGUUCGUCCUCCAUACCAGGGCACCUUCACCAGGGCAGUUCCUGUGUCGGUAGCUAAUAAACUAUCCCGAAACCCGUUCAGCCGUGCCCUGCCUGACACGAACUACGACUACGAUUCGGAGGCGGAAUGGGAGGAGCCCGAAGAGGGAGAAGAUUUAGACUCCGAAGAAGAGGAAGAGAUCAGCGAAGAUGGAGAUGAUGAUAUGGAUGGGUUCUUAGAUGACGAGGACGACCAACUGAAGGAUGGUAGACGACGUCCCAUUGUCGGAGAUCUGGAACCUGUGUGCACUGGCCUCUGCUGGCAGGACGAGGGGCCACACCCUGAGCUCGAGGCAUACAGAAUUGAGACAAUACCGGAAUCGGUGACAUUUCCGAUUGACCCGUUCUCCUCUGCAUACUGGCAGAAGCCCAAAUCUGAACAAGUCCCGCCUAAGGCAGCUGUUCAAUCGACUUCGUCUGGUCGCUCGACACUGCAUGCUUUUGCAGUUACCUCAUCCGCCCACUCUCAAAGCGCUGGCGCUUCCAAGGGCUCAUUGGAUGAGGCUAUCCCGACGACCCAGACGACUGGAAAAGCCAAACGACUGUUUCCUCCAGACCAGCUGACAGAGUUCAAGCAAGCAGUUCAAGGCAGCGAUCUCACAAAGGCAGGUUUGAUUGAGAUCUUGAAGAAACGUUUCCCGAAAGUCUCCAAGGACGUCUUGAAAGAGACCCUCAACCAGACAGCCGUGCGUGUGGGACAAAAAGAGGCAGAGAAGAAGUGGGUGUGUCUAUGAUGGUCAUAACCACAUUUUUGCCAUAUGUUUAAUGAUUACUUCUAUAUACAUACCCACUGAUGAUUGUGAAGAGAAGCGUUGAAGUAUCUGAGAGUUUCUACCACUAUAAUAUUUUCUUGAUUUACUGGAACUCCUUUAUCUCGCAGGAAUACUAUUCGAACUUCAGAGGAUCUUCCAUCUUACUCCGUAGUCUAUACACGACGAUAAUACUUACCACGGGUCAUGAAAUGUGGGCUGAUCUAAACGUCCGCUGUCUAGGCGCAGGGCGACAAUUAAUGUCCUCCGGAGGGAUGAACAUUGUGA